AGGAGAAGAGGAAAGAGAAGAGAGAAAGAGGAGAGGAUUGGGGGAGACACGGAGGAGGAAAGAGAAAAGGGGAGAGGAGGAGAGGAGUGGAGGAGAGGAGCCAAGGGGUGAAAACAAAGGAAAUACAGGCUGGAUGUAUCACCCAGCAGAGCAGUGUUCUGGCCGUAACACCAGGGACUCCUACCAUGCUGGAGGACCUUCCAGAGGAACAUGGGCCCCCGUCAACAGUCGCCCCUGGGGCCCUCCAAAUAGGUUCAAUGGAGGAAUCAACCAAUCCCAGCACCCAAACAAGAUAUAUACCGACAGGGGGGACAGGCCACCCUCCCAUGCCCUGGGAAGGGGUCCUCAGCGGGACCAGAGGCUAGCACCACGACCCUGGGACCAGAAGGACCAGGCUUAUGAGACCCAUGGCUGGCACCAGGACUCCCCACGGUCAUUUCACAACCAUGGCCGCAACCAGGGGGGCUACCAAGCAGGACCUGGGGAACCCUUCACCCGCUGGGACUCCUACAAAAACCAGCCUCCCAGGUAUGGGGGUCCCCACCAGCACCAUCUGCCCAGAGACCCCCCCAGAGACCUGGGCUCCCCAGCAGAGAGGUGGGCCCCCUCAGACCGCUCCAGAGCCUUCCAAGGCAGGAUGAUGGACCAAGGACUAGGACCAUGGAAACGCCCAGCCUCCCACCAUCACAACCACCACCGUGACCAACUUACACACUGCUCCCCACCCUCACAGCACCCCCCGCCUCCCAGGGAAGACUGCCUUGCCAAGAAGAGCAGGAGCUCUGGUCCUGAGCAGCCCUCUCACCGUGGAUCAAUGCAUUUAUCCGGCCCAGACAAGCACCAAUCACCACCCUACUACCCUCCUUCCAAACAAGGCUUCUGGAAACAAUCAUAUGACAGACCUGGUCCUCGCACCCAUGCUGACAGGAGGAGCUCAUCUACAGAGUUACAAGAAUCCACCAAGUCAGGAUUAGGGAGUAUCAAAUACAGAACACAUCAUUCUACCCAUUCUCCAGUUCCCCAGGUCCCCUUCAAUGGUCAAGGCCCCCCUCCUUCCUCCUACCCCCGCCACCCCUCUCCAGCCCAGCCCUGUGGCAGCAGCAGACCCCCCCACCAUGGAUCCAGAGUGGAGGUGGAUGGCCAGUCCCAGCACCCCUCCUCACCAGCAGAUCCCACCGGCGUGCCUUACAGCCAGCACCUCCACCACCAGCGUCCCCCAUCACCCCCCUCAGUACCUCAGCACAGCCCCCAGCCCCACGCUCCCACAGACAGCAGAGGGAUCAGACCCCCUCCCAGCCCUAUGCUACAGAGCCACCCCACCGCAACAGCAACCACAGAGAUGGAGGCUGCACCACCCUGAGCUCCUC